CUCUCCUUCAAAAUCAUAUCCAGCCAAACCCAUCGCGGAUUUCCGUAUCAAAAAGCUAUGGAGUCGGAAGUACCCGGGUCCAAGCCGGGCCCCAAACCCCACAUUGAUCUAUCCAAGAAGCUCUCCGAACUUCGAUCGACCAAGAGCAAGUCGCACUCCGGGCCCAACAGAGACCCAGCACCUCCCACCCCUGCCCUCCCCGCCGUCCCAGACCUAUCAUCGAACAAGUAUAUCCGACCUGCUCGUCGGAUUCUAUCGAGACAUGACCAUGAGCUGUUCUUAUCCUCUCCCACCUACACCCUGAUCGUCGCCUUCAUUUUCGGUCUCUCCGAUUCAGUGCGGGGCCGAUCCGCCACAGACGCCGAGAAGCGUCCUGCAUCCCCAGGUGUUUCCAAGACCCGAUCAGUGGUUCAUUGCAUGCGGGAGGUCCUCACUCAGCAUCCGUCUGCCGAUCAGGGGGGCUCGCGAUUCGGCAAUCCCGCGUUCCGCGACUUCUUUGACGACAUUGGUGCGCAGAGUGCCGCCUGGCAUCGUGAAAUUCUCGGCCUGCAGGAUGCCAGCGCCAUCGAUGAACUGUCGACCUACCUUGUCCACUCGCUAGGGUCGCGCGACCGUCUCGACUAUGGCUCAGGCCAUGAAUUGAAUUUCAUGAUGUGGCUGCUGUGUCUCCGGCAACUGGGGGUUUUCUCGACUAAUGAUUUUGAGAUGAUUGUGUUCCGUGUCUACGUCGAUUAUAUGCAUCUUAUGCGCGAGGUUCAAAGUACGUACUAUCUGGAACCUGCAGGGUCCCAUGGCGUCUGGGGCCUCGAUGAUUACCACUUUCUGCCGUUCUUGUUCGGCGCUUCCCAGCUCGUCGGUCACCCCUACAUCACCCCGCUGGGAAUCCACAAUUCGGCGGUCCUGGACGAGGAGGGCGACAGGUACAUCUAUCUAGAUCAAGUGCGAUGGGUAGACAGCGUCAAGACGGUCAAGGGCCUACGGUGGCACAGCCCCAUGCUGGAUGACAUCUCCAGCGCCAAGAACUGGACCAAGAUCGAAGGCGGCAUGAAGAAAAUGUUUGUGAAGGAGGUCCUGGGGAAGCUACCCAUCAUGCAACACUUCCUAUUUGGUAGCCUCCUGCCGCCCGCCCCCGGGAUGGGAGAGGGCGCACAGGAGUUGGAGGAGGACGACCACCACCACGACCACGCCCACAGUGACGGUCACCCCCAUGGCAUGAAAACAGACCAUUUCGGCGACUGCUGUGGGAUUAAGGUUCCGAGUAGCGUGGCUGCAGGCGCUGAGAUGCGGAAGCGCGUGGGCGGGUCCGGGUUGCGGCCCAUUCCGUUUGACUAGGAGCUGUAUAUAGCAUAAUGUGUUACGAGUUGGGAUUGGGUGUUUGGGAUAUUCGUUUCUUAGUUUCGACCAAAAUGGGGUACUGGGUCUUGUCUGUUCCAGCACUAUUUCCCGAGUGCCAUACUGUAGAGCUCAAAC